CACAAAGAUGGCCGCAACGGAGCGGUGGCGCCCCCUGCUGCCCUUCGAAAAGAUGGCGGCAGGGCGGGGGCGCCGCCCCGCUGCCAGCCCGCUCGAGGAGGACACCGCCUCGCCCCGCACGAAGAUGGCGGCAGGCGAGGGCGUGCUGCGGAGCUGGCCAAUGAGCAGCCGCGUUGCUAGCGGUUGCCGUGGAGACAGCCAACGGCGGGCGGGGAUGGACGCUGGCGGCGUGGCCCCGCCCGGCGGGGCGGGGAGCUGGCAGGGGAGGUGGCCGCGGCGCCGCCCCUCGGCGGGACCAGGGUGGGGAACGGUGCGGGCGGCGAGUGCGGAGCCAGCUCUUGCCCUGCGCUACUUGGAGGCUGUCGCCAUGACCCUCACCAAAGGCUCCUUCACCUACUCCAAUGGGGAGGAGUACCGCGGCGAGUGGAAGGAAGGUCGCAGGCAUGGCGUUGGGCAGCUGACAUUUGCUGAUGGCACCGCUUACGUGGGGCACUUUGAGAAUGGGCUCUUCCACGGCUGCGGCGUGCUCACCUUCUCUGACGGCUCCAGGUACGAGGGGGAGUUUGUGCAGGGCAAGUUCAAUGGCGUCGGCGUCUUCACCCGCUGCGACAACAUGACCUUUGAGGGCGAGUUCAAAGGCGGGCGUGUGUACGGCUUUGGUCUCCUGACCUUCCCUGAUGGCUCCCAUGGGGUGCCCCGCAACGAGGGCUUCUUUGAGAACAACAAGCUGCUCCGGCGGGAAAAGUGCCCAGCCAUCAUCCAGCGGGCCCAGUGUGCCUCCAAGUCUGCCCACAACCUGACAGCAUGAUGGUGCCCCACAUCCUCUCCCAUUGCAGCAGGCCCGCCCCUCCCCACUGGGCACUGGCUGGCCCCGCUGGCCCUGGAGCAGGGAUGUGGCACAGCUGGGUGUCCCCCUGUCCUCCUCACCACCGAGUCGCCCCCUGCCAAACGCCUGCCGCUGGGGGGGGAUGAGGCCCUCUGCUCUCCACCCAAGUGCCCUAGGGCAGCCAUGGUGCCUUCUCUCUCUGGCUAUAGCCCUGGCACCUGCCAGAGCAGCAGGGGGGGACAAGGUGGCCGGGACUUGGCCCAUCUGCUCCCCAGGAAGACUGUGGACCACCAGGGCUGCUAGCCUGAUGCAGAGGAUGGAGCAGGGGAGUAGGGGCUGGGCCCUGACCCCGCAGCCAGGGUGCCUUGGCCAGGGGCUGCUGGCUGGACCACGCACCCGCAGAGGGGCAGCUCCUGGCCCACUUUACUACCCUGGUCCCAAGACAGGACGGGCACCACGGGCACCCCAUGGCCCUCACCCACAUCUCUGAGCCAUCUCUUGGCACCCCACGGCCAUCUCCCCCACAUGCCCUGGGCAGGGUGAUAUGGUGCCCCGAAGGACCCAGCCUGCUCUCCAGGCCAGCUGGUGGGCUGUGUCCCCCUCAUCCCUGUGCCAAUCCAGCCUGCCCACUGCCUUGGGGACACCUGUAGCAGCAUCCCCACCAAGGGGGAUGGGGGGACGCCUACCCGGGCCCAUAUCUGCUGCAUGCUGCAGGAGGGCAGGAGCGACGGUGAGCAAGGAGCAGGGUCAGCCAGAGCCUGGGAAGAGGGGCAUGAGCCCUUGCUGCAUGGGGGGCCAGGGCAGGCCAGGACGCAAUAGGGGUAUGGUAAAUGUGUAGGCAGGGUGGGCAGGGAGCACGCAGCUCCUCGCCUUGCCCCCUGCGUGCAUCCAUCUCCGACCUGUGUGCUCACCUUCACCCCUGGUGCGGUGUGGCUGGCUGCAGCACGGAGGUCUGCCUGUGGUGGGCUGCAGGGGCCGUGCCCUCCCUGCUGGUGUCUGCCCGCACCGGUCCCGUGCCUUGUGUGACCCUGCCUUGUGCUGCUGCCUGCACGGGCCUCAGCUGAGUAAACCACAUUGCCAAACGCC